AUGUCGCCUCCUCCUAUUCGUCCAACUGUUGUUGCUGCUGCUGCUGCCGCAGCAGCAGCAGCAGUAGCAGUAGCUGGGGUUGGCUCGCGCUGUGUGUCUGUGCCGGGCCCUCCUUUGGAUCUAUCCUUCCGUUCUUUUCGGUCCAUUUCUGAGAUUCACAAGGAUGAUGACUGCAGCAACAAGCCUACGGCUUCAGAGAGCUCACAAGAGGCAACAACUCCUUCAAAUAUAGAAACAGGUUCUGUAUCGCUUGCUUCUUCCCCCCGUUUUUCCGUUGGCGCUCCAGACAGCCUCUCCAAGGGGCUUAAUGUCUCCUUCCUCCCUGCAACUCCCGCAGCAGCACCUGCGUCCGGCUCCGCUACUGCUGCUGCACCAGUAGGAGCGGCAGCAACGGGAGCAGGUGGAGGAGGAACAACGUCGUUCCCUCCAACUCGGAAGUCGAUUUGUUUAAGUCGUAGUACACGCGUGGUGUCAGUUUGCUCGAUGGCUAUGAAGGACGGCAGCGGAGAUAUACAGGCAGGAGACAGGCCUGCCUCGAAGGUCUGCCGCAUCUCCCGUUACACAACAGCUGUUCGUUUGAACAACAAUGAGCUGCAGGAGGCCCCUAACCUGCGGCAACAUUUGUCUAUGUUGCUGCCUAUGCCACACGUUAACCUGGUGUGGCUCGAUCUCUCUUUUAACAAACUCGCCGCUGUUCCCUCGUCUCUCAAUGAGCUAUGCAAGAUUAAAUGCAUAUACCUGCAUGCAAACCAAAUCCAAGAUCCGAUGUCUGUCCUUGUGCUGCAAAAUAACAAAUGCCUCCGCUUUCUCACCCUCUUCAGAAACCCCCUCGAGCUCCAGCUAGACACGCAGUACCGGGUGACAAUACUAAGUGUUCUUCCUUCUCUACGGUGCCUCGACUUCACUCCCAUUUCCUCUGACGAAGUGGAGGUCGCGUGUCGCAUCAAUGCCCCUCUUACCCUAAAACGAGCUGCAAAACAGAUGCAGAUGCAGAUGCAGCAACAGCAGCUCCUGCUGCUCCAGGAGCCACCGCAGCAACAGCAGCAACAACAGCAACAGCAACAAAAGCAGCAGCAGCAGCAACAGCAGCAACAACAACGGCAGCAGCAACAGCAGCAGAAACAACGGACGAAACGCCAAAGGUAG